CAAUGAGGAGGCAGGAGAGUAGACAGAGAUCCAAUCAGGGUUCCAGAAGACCAAACAUCAAAUGGUGAAAUAGCCAAUCAGAUGGGAGGAAAAGGACAGAGCCACACCCAGCCGUCUCCCUGACGACAGUCCCCAGGACCACAGACAAAUGUAGCUCCAGAGGUUGUCCUCGUCAUCCCUGACUCUCACACACUGUGGAAAACAUGAACAGAAAUGUAAAUGGAGGCUCAGAUUGAUCUCUCAAUGUAAAUGGAGGCUCAGAUUGAUCUGUCAAUCUAAAUGGAGGCUCAGAUUGAUCUGUCAAUCUAAAUGGAGGCUCAGAUUGAUCUCUCAAUGUAAAUGGAGGCUCAGAUUGAUCUCUCAAUCUAAAUGGAGGCUCAGAUUGAUCUCUCAAUCUAAAUGGAGGCUCAGAUUGAUCUCUCAACCUGAGCAAAGUGCAUAAAUAAAAGGUGUGGAGACUCUGUCCAAUGAGCUACGUCACGGUACUUCCCUCUAACUCUUCUCCGUUCCUCUGGACCAAUCAAAGGAGGACCGUCCUUCCUCCGGACCAAUCAAAGGAGGACCCAUCCUUCCUCCAGACCAAUCAAAGGAGGACCCAUCCUUCCUCCAGACCAAUCAGAGGACCAUCUCCCCAAAAAAACGAAUGGGUCCGCAAGUGAAAAAGAUGUUGUGUCCUUCCUACGGACUAACCUGAGAGAAAGACGAGUUCCUUUUAAAACCUUCCUUUUUUAUGUGUGGGACUAACCUGAGACAAAAACUAGGAAGGGCCAACAAUACUCUCUCCUUCCAACCCAACCCUGCCUUCUACUGCCGGGUGGACCAACGACACAGUGGAGAGCUGACAUCGGUAAAGGCUGUAUAGCUCUGGAGAUCACGGGGCACAAGGCGCUCGUUGGAUAGGUUCAACUAGAAGAGAAGAAGACUUUAUUAAUCCAUGCCAGAUGGAAAUUGGACUGUAGUAACAAUCAUCAUUCUUUACACUUCUCUUCCUCGCAGUGACGCUAACCUGGAUGAAUAAACAAAAUCAAUAAACAAAAACAACUAGAAUCAACAACAUGGACGUCAUCAUCAGAACGCCAACACAACCCAGAGAGGCGGGGUUUAACAACAGAGUGGGCGGGGUUUCGGUGGCGUUGUCGGCGACCAGUUGGUUUGCCUUCCUCUAUGGCUUUGCCCUACUGUCAAUCAUCCAAUUUCCCACAGUGACGGGCGACUGUUGGCUGAUUGAGGGGGAGAAGGGCUUCGUGUGGUUGGCUAUCUGCAGCCAGAACCAGCCCCCGUAUGAAGCGAUCCCUGCCCACAUCAACAGCACCAUCGUGGACCUGAGGCUCAACGAGAAUAAGAUCAAGAGUAUCCAUUUCUCAUCGCUCAGCCGCUUUGGGAACCUGACGUACCUCAACCUCACCAAGAACGAGAUCUCGUACGUGGAGGAUGGAGCUUUCUCGGCCCAGUUCAACCUACAGGUGCUGCAGUUGGGGUUUAACCGUCUGAGGAACCUAACAGAGGGAAUCCUCAGAGGCCUGGGGAAGCUGCAGUACCUCUACCUACAGGCCAACCUGAUCGAGGCAGUCACCCCCAACACCUUUGAGGAGUGUCCUAACAUAGAGAACAUUGACCUCUCCAUGAACAGGAUUCAGGUGCUGGACGGAGGCUUGUUUACGGGGCUCGGUAGAUUAACGACGUGUGAACUCUACACCAACCCGUUCAACUGCUCCUGUGAGUUGUUGGGAUUUCUACGCUGGUUGGCAGUCUUCCCCAACAGGACCAACGAGAGGAUGGUGUGUGAUACUCCGGCCGGGUUUUCAGGCUACAGCCUCCUCAGUCAGAACCCCAGGAUGCCUGCGACACGCAACGCUCUACACAUGCUCAAUAUGGUGUGUACCGACGACGGAAGCAACUCUUUUCCGAACAUCAUUGUUCAGUCAGAGUUUACGACACUCCCACCGUACUCUCCCUGCGGAUUGGACGACUGCCCUUCUGGAAUGUCUCCGGAGGACCCAAUCAGCAUCAGCCCCACCUACCCUGAUCUGAACAACAAGCCUAGUAUGAAGGUGAAACAGAUCUCCCACACCUCAGCAGUGAUCUCGGUCCAGAUCCCUCACCCCUUCAGUAAGAUGUACAUCCUGGUUCUCUACAACAACAGCUUCUUCACUGACAUAAAGAACCUGAAGAACCACAAGGAAGAGUUUGAACUGAACAACCUGAAAGCCCACACGGACUACACCUACUGCGUCGUGUCCAUAAGACACCAGCUUCGUUAUAACCACACCUGUUUGUCCAUCUCCACCGGGAGGAAGGCAGGUCUGGAGAGGACCUCCAACGACUCCUCUGCUACCCACUACAUCAUGACUAUACUGGGCAGUCUCUUCAGCAUGGUCCUCAUACUGGGUUUUGUGUUCCACUGCCUGAGGAAGAAGAGGCAGCGAGACGAGAAGAACAAGAAGAUUGGAAAGAUACAGAAGAGCCUGAUGGAGCUGAAAUACGGAGCUGACCUGGAGGGUGGUGGAGGAACAGGAGGAGGGGGGUCCAUCUCUCAGCUAUCCCAGAAACAGAUGCUCUCGGCUGGGGAGAGUCUCACGCGGAUGCCCUACCUUCCCCAGGGUGGGACCUGUGAGAUGGACCAGUACAAGCUACAGGAGAUCAUUGACACUCCAAAGGCAGCGAAAGGGAACUAUAUCGAAGUGCGAGGAACUGCGGGCGACCUGCCGGACCGGAGGGAGAGAGAGAGGGAACGAGAGCGGGAGAGAGAGAGGGAGAGAGAGAGGGAACGAGAGAGGGAAUGUAGUCUCUCUCCAGAAGACAACCCUCAGGGUUCAGUAGCAGAGAUCUCCACCAUCGCCUCAGAGGUGGACAAGGUGAACCAGAUCAUCAACAACUGUAUUGACGUCCUCAAGUCUGAGUCAACGUCUUUCCAGGGGGUCAAGUCAGGCUCUGUGUCGACCGCUGAACCCCAACUAGAGCUGAUCUCAGACCAGCCACAGAGACAGUCAGGGUUCCUGUCACCGCAGUAUAAAGGAGGUUACCACCACCCUCUCCAGAGACACCACAGUAUGGAAGCUCCAUCCAAACGACCUUCGACCUCGUCCAGCGGAUCCGUCCGCUCCCCGCGCACCUCCCGCUCCGACGGGCCGCACCGGGGAACCUCUGACACCAAGUACAUGGAGAAGACCUCGCCGACUGGAACCAGCGGAGACACCGCCGGGACGCCCGCCGCUGCCAUCCUACGGGCAGAGGCCCAGAAGGUCCGUCAGUACAAGGAGCAGCGUCACUCGUACCCGGGCCCCCAGCGCCCCCUCCCUGACUCUGAGGAGCUAGAGGAGCUGAGUAGCAGGAAACCCUCUUCCAUCCUGGAUCCCCUCACCCUGGGGAGGCACCCCAGAGAGCUAGCCUACGCCCAGCUGUCCCCGCAGUACCACAACCUGAGCUACGAGUCCAGUCCUGAGUCCUCCUGCACCCCGUCGCUCGGCAUCUGGGAGAGGUUUAAACUCCACCGGAAGAGACACAGAGACGAGGACUACGAGGAGGAAUACAUGGCGGCGGGACACGCUCUGCGGAGGAGUUUACAGGUCGCCAAGGACGAGGAUCUGCACGACAUACUGGACUAUUGGAAAGGUGUCUCGGCACAGCAGAAGUCGUGAAGGGGCUGGUGUCGUGUGAUGUGACGAGGCCCUGUCGCUACUUAGUUGGGCGUGGAGGAGGAUGGAGGUCGGAGGUCGUACGGAGACUAAGGGCUCUCUAUUCCACCUGGAAAGAUGAAGCGUUACAGAUUCCGCGAGUCGUUUCUGAUUGACGUCUCUGCUAAAGCUGGAACAUCUACACACACACACACACACACACACACACACACACACACACACACACACACACACACACACACACACACACACACACACACACACACACACACACACACACACACACACACACACACACACACACACACACACAUCCACACACACCUCUCUCUCUCUGCUUUUAAAAAACAUGGACCAAAAUUAAAUUAAAACGAUUUAAAAACAACAAAUGAAGAACUUGAUUCAAAAAGACAAUUUUUUAACAGAAGAUCCUGAGAUAUUAUGACUAUUUCUCCCAGACUUCUCUGUAGCUGUUUCUACUAAAACUAGGUUUUUGGAUGAACACAAAAAAGAAACACAACAAACACACGAUAUUAUAGGGACUGGUAGUCUCACGAGUGUGAGUACGCUACAGUGUAUGUGCCAAAUCAACAAGGGUCGCAAAUAGCACCUUCUUCCCUAGAAAGUAGUACACUGUAUAGGGAAUACAGUGUGAUUUGGGACACAGCACCGAGGAGAACCGUUGAAACACUGUAUAAACCUCUCUCCGGCCUCGUCGCUCUUUUAGACAUAUUAAAACUACUUAGAAUAAGAUGUGAUUCUUACUAUUAUUAUUGUUAUUGAUAUGAUCAGUACUAUUAUUUGAAUAUCGCAUGGCAACGUCCUGUGACAGUGACUAUUGUUGUGACUUUUCGAGAAAGAAGAACCUCAAAAUGGCCGUCGCACAACCUCGUUAUAAAAUGUCCGCCUCUGAACAACCUUGACGAAGACAGACAUUUGUGAUCUCUUCUUCUUCUUUUUUACCAGAGGACUCUUUCUCUCUUCCUUAAGGAACACUAUUUUCCUCUACUAACAGACUCUUAUUCUGAAACGUUCCUUGAUGUAUUACAGAGGGGACUUUUAUUGUGAAACUACAAGGGGGGGGGGGUGAUCUUGUUCAGAAGAAAGAGAAAAAGCUCUAUAUUUGCAUAAAAAUAUGUCUUGUUAGUUAGUUAGCUAGUUAGUGUGUUUCUACCGAGGGGAUUUGAAAACCUUCUUUGAGACUUUGAGAGACCAGCUCCAAACUGACCUGCAGUACGUUUUUGAUUUUGAAAUCCUACCGAUCUCUAAUGAAUGUCUUCAAGUCCCUAACGAGGAUGAUUACUGCACUGUUCAAAAUCAGAAAACGUCUCGUAACUCUAAAAACACCCUCCCUGAAAACACUGUAGCCUACAACUCCCAGAUUUAUUUAUUCAUUUUUUACCCACAAUUCCUCUGUCCCUUCCUUGUCCCACCCCCAAAUCCCUGUAGUUCCUCCCUCCCAGUCCCAUUCCUCAGUUGAGUUUUAGUUUGCCAAAUCACAACUCAAACGGCACAAAAAGGACCGACCGGGCCAACUGUCAUCGAAUCUCCCCGUACCUCAACCCAAACCGUUCUAUGACCAAAGUGCUGUGGUAGCAACAGUUCCCAGACGUCCUUCGAGCCCAGUCUGUCCCCAUAUACCCUGGCUGGGUCUCAGAUGACAGCCUGUUUCCUAUAUAUAGUCACAACAACCUUUUCAUUUGUUGCUUUUGGUUGCUGCUUUUCAUUUAUUACCUUUUUUUUAACCAUUUUUGUAGCAGCCCUCGGUUUCCACGGAUACAGCUCUUGGUUUCCAUGGAUACUAGGACACAGGAAGUGGAAUCACGUGCACUAUAUAGGGAACAGGGUGCCAUACGGGGCCAUAUCUACAGACCUACUAUAGGAGAUGAAUGUACUUCUUUACAUCAUUAAAACUAAACGGCAGCUGAUACUGCUGACAGAUACGUUUUUUAAUUCUCUCUCUGUCUGUUUCUCACUCUGUCUGUUUCUCUCUCUCUCUUCCUCUGUCUGUUUCUCUCUUCCUCUGUCUGUUUCU